AUGUUGCUUUGGUGGACAACAUCGUCCAUCAUUGCUAUCAGUUUGGCAUUCUUACUCUUAUUCCGCAAUUCAUUACCGUUCGCAUGGACAAUUCGAAUGAUGGCGCCUUUUUGGCGCUUACGGUUUCGUGAUUUCCGUUCACGUUAUCUACGCAGAUCUGAUUCAAAUCAAAAACAACGUAUACCUUCAGCACAAGGAUGCGAUCCAUUCGAAGAUCAAUUCACCGUUAAACGUCGUGCAACGUUGGACGAAUGCGAUUUUAUGGGUCAUCUCAGUAAUAGCGCUUACCCUAAAAAUCUCGAUCUUGCUAGGAUGCAAUAUAGUGUGAAUCGUUUGGCCGAUUUUAUCCUAGACGGAGGUUGGGUUGCACUGGGAUCAACGUCUUUCAUUUUUCACAACGAGAUUCCAAUCUUGGCAAAAUAUAAGAUUGUUUCCCGUAUCGAAAGUUGGGAUGAUAAAUGGCUCUUUUUACGCAAUGAAUUUCGAGGAAAGAAUAGAAAAGGUGAAAAUAUUCUCUAUUGCACAUCUAUCACAAAGCAUUGUUUUAAGUUUGGACGUAAAACAAUUCCGCCUUGGUUCGUUUUAGCUUAUUGCGGAUAUUCGAGCACAAGUGAAGCAACAUUGAUCAAGACGAACGCCACUAGAUCACGAGAAUUAAGGCAUUCUUUGCAAGAUGACGCAGGAAAAAAGACCGUCAAUCCUUUACAAGCUUUUCAAAAGAUUACACCUGCUAGUAUCCAUAAAGCACCAAGUUGGUGUUCACCUGAUGUUUGGGACGUGGCCGGUUGGGAUCAUCAACGUAAAGCUCGACUGAGCGGAUUGACUGAGUAUUUCUUUUGA